CUUCUUUCCUCGCCUCUCUGCCUCUCUGCCUCUCUUUCGUCGCCUCCAGCCUCUCUGCCUGGCUGCCUACCGGAGUACCUGCUACUGCCCCUCUCGGCCUCUCGUCUCCUUUCAGGACUCAGGAGUCCUAUGAGGCUCUGUCGCUCUGUCCCUGACUCACUGUCUGUGCCGCACGGACACCGCCACACCGGUAACCAGUCACCGGCUCGCCGCCUUACCGGUCAGCAGGACAGCAGGAACACCGCCUAUUGCCUCCUCUCAGGACUCAAGUUCGUAUUUUUGCCCUAAUUUAUCUAAUUUUAUUUUUGUCCUAAUUUCCCUAAUUUCCCUAAUUUCUCUAAUUUUAUUUCUAAUCAAUUUAAUGUAUGUGCUUUGUUCAAUUUGUUUAUGAAUGUGAGCAGUGUCUCAGUUUCACAAUUUGUUCAAUUUGUGAAUCAGUGAAUGUGAAUUUCAAUUGUUCAUUUUUUCAGGUUUUUUUUUUCAGGUUUUUUUUUUUCAGUCUCUGUGUGCUUUGUUCAAUUUUUUUUUUUUAUUUUUGUAUGUGCUUUGUUCAUUUUUUUUUUUAUAAUAUUUUUGUUAGAUAUGAAUGUGAGCACUGAGGCUUGAGCAGUGAGUAUGUCUAAAUUCUAAUAUUGUUUUGAAUGUGAGGAUAGUGAGCAGUGAGGCAGUGAGUAUGUCUAGAUUUAUUAGAGUGUGUCAGUGAGGCAGUGAGUAUGUUUUGAAUCUGAGGAUUGUUUUGAAUCUGCUUGUGCACCGCCGACUCGCCGAGCAAAUGCUACAGAGCAGCCAUACAGCAACCCAGCUGACCGUCAGUCUCUCUUCGUGUUCUCGUCAAGAAACCCACAAGAUCCGCAGUUCACCCAAAUUUUCCAUGCGCACAGCAUUCAGCUUCCUCCACACAUUCUCCGUCUCCGUUCUCACUCGCAGUGGCCAUUGGAACCGACGCGGCCUCUUAUGCACGGCUUCCCUGCUCCGGAACUCCUCAGCAACGUCUCCUCAUCUUCGUUUCUACCCUGGUAGCCUGGUAUACUGCUCCACGCUCCGCUCAUCCUCUCCUUCGGCUAGUACUUUCUUUGAACAGCUAGUGUACGAGCCUGAAGAAUCCCUGAAACAUGAGGAGGACUUGUCGAGCAGCACUGAGAGGGAAAUUUUCAAUUUUGAUAGCUCCUUCGAGUCUAUCGAGUUGAAGCGGUUCGAUUCGCCGGUUGUAGAUGUCAAGGAGCUUGAGGAACUUCCCGAAGAGUGGCGCCGGUCAAGAUUGGCCUGGCUUUGCAAGGAGCUUCCUGCGCAUAAGCAUAAUACUUUGAUUCGGAUUCUCAAUGCUCAGAGGAAGUGGCUCAGACAAGAAGAUGCUACUUAUAUUGUCUGUCAUUGUAUGCGAAUUCGUGAAAAUGAGACUGCUUUCAGGGUGUACAAAUGGAUGAUGCUGCAACAUUGGUUUCAAUUUGAUUUUGCUCUAGCUACGAGGCUAGCAGAUUAUUUGGGUAAGGAGCGCAAGUACUUGAAGUGCCGGGAGGUUUAUGAUGACAUACUUAAUCAAGGGCGAGUGCCUGCUGAGUCAACUUUCCAUAUUCUGGUAGUUGCAUAUCUUAGUUCAUCUGGUCAAUCAGUUGUGGAAGAAGCAUUCAGCAUUUAUAGCCGCAUGAUCCAGCUGGGAGGUUAUAGGCCUCGUCUUAGCUUACACAAUUCUCUGUUUAAAGCUCUGGUGGGAAAACAAGGAGGUUCUUUUGAGGAAACUCUAAAACAAGCAGAGUUUAUUUAUCACAAUUUGACUACUUCAGGGCUUCAGAUACACAAGGAUAUCUAUGGUGGUCUUAUAUGGCUCCACAGUUAUCAGGAUUUAAUAGAUAAGGAUAGAAUUGCAUUAUUGAGAACAGAGAUGCGUUUGAGAGGGAUUGAAGAAAGCACAGAUGUACUUGUGUCAGUCUUGAGAGCUUGCUCAAAGAAUGGGGAUGCAGAGGAAGCUGAAAGAACUUGGUCAAAACUUCUUUCCUCUAAUCCUAGUCCUCCACCACAAGCUUUUAUGUUUAGAAUGGUAACCUAUGCAAAGAUUGGAGAGCAUAUGAAAUGUUUGGAGAUAUUUAGGCUAAUGCAAGAGGAGUUGGGUUCUACUGCUGCCAUAGCAUAUCAUAAAAUCAUUGAGGUGUUGUCUAAAGCUGAAAAGCUAGAACUGGCAGAGUCGAUCAUGACAGAGUUCAUUGACAGUGGUCUGGGGCCGUUGCGGCCAUCAUUUAUUGAUAUGAUGAAAAUGUACUCCACUUUAGGCUUACAUGAGAAAUUGGAGUCAACUUUCUUUCAGUGUCUUAAAAAAUGCCGUCCAAAUAGGAAAGUCUUCAGCAUAUACUUGGAUUUAUUGGUUCAAAUUGGCAGUAUUGACGAGGCAGGAGAAGUCUUCAAUCAGAUGAUUGAGAACACGUCAAUUGGUGUCAAUGCACAUUGUUGCAAUAGCAUUUUGAGAGGAUACCUCUCCCAGGGGGAGCAUGUAAAGGCAGAAAAAGUAUAUAGGUUGAUGCACCUGAAGAAAUAUGAUAUUGAUUCUUCCUUGAUAGAAAAGCUCAAUUUUGUUCUGAGUUUGCGCCAGAAGGUUGUCAAAGAACCCAUAAGGCAGAAGCUCAGCAUAGAACAGAGAGAGGUCAUGGUGGGGUUGUUGUUGGGUGGUUUGCAAAUUAAAUCAGAUGCAGAGAGGAAGAAACAUUUAGUCCAUUUUGAAUUCAGUGAAAACUUGAAGCAUCAUUCCGUUUUAAGGAGACACAUGUAUGACAAGUGUCGUGAGUGGUUAGCUUGUACAGAUAAACUGGCAGGUGAUGAUGAUGAUGAUGAUGUUCCUUGGGUGUUUACCACCAUUCCACAUUCUUAUUUUGGUUUUUAUGCUGACCAAUUCUGGCGAAAAGGUCAACCUACUAUUCCAAAACUAAUCCACAGAUGGUUGUCACCCCGAGUUCUUGCUUACUGGUACAUGUACUCAGGCUACCGGACAUCAUCAGGGGAUAUUCUGUUGAGAUUAAAAGGAAGCCAAGAGGGCAUUGAAAAUAUUGUCAAAGCAUUCAAGGCCAAAUCAUUGGAUUGCAGACUAAAAAGGAAGGGAAGCUCGGUUUGGAUAGGUUUUCUGGGAGAUAAGUCUAUGUGGUUCUGGAAACUGGUUGAACCCUUUAUUCUUGAUGAUCUAAAAGAUUGCCUGAGACCAAGAGGCAACCUAUCGGAUGAUUUGGAAGGAAUUCAAACCAUUGACAGCGGGUCUGAAUCUGAUGAGAAGCCCUCUGAGUGCAGUGAUGGUGAGAUGUAACAAUAUCUCUUGUAAUCAGUUUCUGGUUAUACUGCAGAUUUACACUCGGCAUUGCUGCCUCGUUUUCCCUGUAUGUGUAGCAUACGCUUCCAACCCAUUUUUUGAAACUUUUAAUUUAGUAAUAUGCAGAGUUGUAUAUAUUCAGUUGUGGAAUUCCAAUAUGUAAACUUGCAAGAAUUAAUCUCAUGGCCAUGAUGAUAAAUGCUGCCAAGGUUCUUAUUUAAACUUACAUGAAUCAACAUGCAGAGUUUAUUCUAGUAUGA